AUGGAAUCCGUGGGCACAAGUAGAGUUACGGAGUUACAUGAACUCGAGGAGUUCCGGUUCCAGGCAUUCGCGAGUACAAGAUUGUACAAGGAAAGGAUGAAGAUGAUGCAUGAGAAGCACAUUCUAGAUAGGAACUUCAAACCCGGAGAUCUAGUGUUGUUAUACAACUUGAGAUUGAAAUUUUUUCCAGGUAAGCUGAAAUCUAGAUGGUCGAGACCAUUUAGAGUUGUGCAAGUAUUCUUAAGUGGAGCUGUAGAAAUUGAGUCUGAAGAUGGGACAAACAGGUUUAAAGUGAAUAGGCAAAGGUUGAAACACUACCUUGGAAUGAUUGAAGAGAAAGGGGAGAAAGAUGUGAUGUACUUGGAAGAGCCCCAAUAUGUGAGCGAAGUGUAA